AUGAGCAAAGUCAAGGUUGGUGUCGAAGUAGUGAGCGCCCAUAAUCUUUUGCCUAAAGAUGGGCAGGGCUCAUCUAAUGCAUAUGUGGAGCUUAAGUUAGAUGGGCAGAAAUUCCGAACAACUGUCAAAGAGAAGGAUCUUAACCCUUAUUGGAACGAGACAUUUUACUUCAAUAUAUCUAAUCCGGAGGAAUUGCCUAACCUGACCCUUGAAGCCCAUGUUUACUGCGACAAUAAAAAUGGCCAAUCGAAAUCCUCUCUUGGCAAAGUUCGUAUUGCUGGUACAACAUUUGUUGCCUAUUCUGAUGCAGUUAUUUCUCAUUACCCUCUGGAGAAAGGAAGCCUUUUCUCUCGUUGUAGUGGGGAAUUAGGCCUGAAAGUUUUUGUCACAGAUGAUUCUUAUAUACGGUCCUCCAACCCACUUCCUGGAAUGGAUUCUUCUUCAUAUACAAGUUCAUAUCCAACUGAAACACAAGAAAGAAAUGUGCAAGUUCCAAAUGUAACUCCUGAUGCACUUCCAAGUGGGAAAAAGAGCUCUAGACGCACAUUUCACCACUUGCCGAAUGCAAAACAUCAGCAGCAACAGUCUGGCUUUGCCAUUGAUGCCUCCCAGGCACCAAUGAACUAUGGGGGCGGACAGUAUAGAGCUGAGUCUCGUGCACCAAAAAUCAUUCAAACAUACUCUGAUUCAUCUUCACAGCCAUUUGAAUUUUCACUUAAGGAAACAUCACCUGUCCUUGGAGGAGGACAAGUUGUUGGUGGUCGAGUAUGGAGAUCAGACAAGCCAGCCAGCACCUAUGACCUUGUCGAGCCCAUGCAGUUCCUUUUUGUACGAGUUGUUAGAGCACGCGAUCUCCCUUCCAUGGAUGUUACUGGAAGCCUUGACCCUUAUGUUGAAGUUAGGGUUGGAAACUAUCGUGGGAAAACCAUUCACUUUGAGAAAAGGCAAAAUCCAGAGUGGAAUGCAGUGUUUGCCUUUUCCAAAGAAAGGUUACAGUCAUCUUCAAUUGAAGUUGUAGUCAUGGAUAAGGAUAUGUUGAUAGAUGACUUUGUUGGAUUGGUUCGGUUUGAUCUUGCUGAUGUUCCAAGGCGAGUCCCUCCUGAUAGUCCAUUAGCCCCAGAAUGGUAUCGUCUUGAGUCUAAGAGUGGGGAAAAGAAGAAGGGAGAGUUGAUGCUUGCAGUGUGGAUGGGCACUCAAGCUGAUGAAGCUUAUCCUGAUGCUUGGCAUUCUGAUGCAGUUGGCUCAGUUGAUACCUCAUUUCCAUACUCACUAAUCCGCUCGAAAGUCUACCAUUCUCCAAGAUUAUGGUAUGUCCGUGUCAAUGUAAUUGAGGCACAGGACUUGGUUGUGGCUGAAAACAAUCAUCUUCCAAAUGUGUAUGUCAAGGUACAGAUAGGUGGUCAAGUUCUUCGGACUAAACCUGUCCAAACUCGGAUGGUGAAUGCCCUCUGGAAUGAGGAUCUGAUGUUUGUUACUGCUGAACCCUUUGAUGAUCAUUUACUUCUUUCAGUUGAAGAUCGUGUUGGUCCAAACAAAGAUGAAACAUUGGGAAAGGUCAUUAUACCAUUGACUUCUGUUGAAAAACGUAUUGAUGACCGUAGUGUUCAUUCACGGUGGUUCAACCUUCAAAAACAUAGUGUCACUGAUGUGGAAGAGACAAAGAAAGACAAGUUUGCAACUAGGCUUCACCUUCGUGUUUGCCUUGAUGGAGGAUACCAUGUAUUGGAUGAAUCUACUCACUAUAGCAGUGAUCUCCGCCCCACAGCAAAGCAACUUUGGAAGCCACCAAUAGGUGUACUAGAACUAGGAGUAUUGAGUGCUGAUGGGCUGCAACCAAUGAAAACAAGAGAUGGAAGGGGUACAUCAGACACAUAUUGUGUGGCUAAGUAUGGUCAAAAGUGGAUUAGAACCCGGACUGUCGUUGACAGUUUGAAUCCCAAAUACAAUGAACAGUAUACUUGGGAGGUUUUUGAUCCUGCAACAGUUCUCACAGUAGGUGUUUUUGAUAGCCAUGAUGUGGGUUCAAAUGGUAAUAAAGACAAGACAGUAGGUAAAGUACGGAUUCGGCUAUCUACACUUGAAACUGGACGCGUUUACACACAUUCUUAUCCUUUGCUAGUUCUUCACCCUUCAGGUGUAAAGAAAAUGGGUGAGUUGCAUUUGGCAAUACGCUUUUCAUGCACAUCAUUUGUGAAUAUGAUGCUUCUUUACAGUAGGCCGCCAUUGCCAAAGAUGCAUUAUGUCCGGCCUUUGAACAUAAUGCAGCAGGAGAUGUUACGUCGCCAAGCUGUCAAUAUAGUAGCAGCUCGGCUUGGCCGAGCUGAGCCCCCUGUCAAAAAGGAAGUUGUUGAGUACAUGACUGAUUCAGAUUCACAUCUCUGGAGCAUGAGACGUAGUAAAGCCAACUUUUUCCGCUUGAUGUCUGUUUUUAGUGGGUUAUUUGCAGUCUCCAAAUGGUUUGGGGAUGUUUGUAUGUGGAAGAACCCAAUCACUACAUCUCUGGUCCAUAUUCUUUUUGUGAUGCUCAUCUGCUUUCCGGAAUUAAUCUUGCCCACAUGUUUUCUGUACAUGUUCGUGAUUGGGAUUUGGAACUAUCGCUAUAGGCCAAAGUAUCCACCUCACAUGAACACGAGAAUGUCCUACGCUGAUGCAGCACAUCCUGAUGAGCUUGAUGAGGAAUUUGAUACAUUUCCUACUUCAAGGAGUCAAGAUAUACUUAGAAUGAGAUAUGACCGUUUAAGAAGUGUGGCUGGUCGCAUACAGACAGUAGUUGGUGAUGUUGCAGCUCAAGGAGAGCGGAUCCAGGCAUUGCUGAGUUGGCGAGAUCCCCGUGCAACUGCCAUAUUCGUGAUCUUUUGCCUUGUUGCUGCUAUCGUGUUGUAUGCAACGCCCUUCCAGGCUUUGGCUGUCAUGACUGGAUUCUACAUAAUGAGGCAUCCCAGAUUCCGACACAGGUUGCCUGCAGCACCAUUAAGUUUCUUCCGAAGAUUACCAGCAAGGACUGAUAAGGUGGCGAACGGCGAGAACGGAAGAAGAAGAAGGCGAGAGUACUGGAUGAUGAUGCUGUGGCGAGAGAUGCUUGAGGAAAAUAGGAGUGCGGUGGUGGAGAUGGCUGAUCGGACGGUGGAGGAGUGCCAGUCGAAGAGUUGUUAG